GAGCAUUCAGAAUGCCAUGUGCUAAAUAUAACUUUCACGCUUAUUGACAAAACAUGUCCUGGUUGCCUUGGUAAAUCCAAUGAUGCCCAGUUUGAAAGCAGUUUCGCCUCACAGAAAUUGCCUUGGAUUAUUACGUAUUUUGGCUUUCGCAGCGAUGGAGUUUAUUUUUAAGAAGGAGCGUCGCACAUUUGGAUCGCGUGUCCACUUCGAGGACAAGGAUGAAGUAGUGUUCAGUGAGAACUCCAAUCCCGAAUUGGUCAAGAACUAUAUACUCAAGAAUCCCGUCGAGCGUUGCACACAGUAUGCUGGCCAAACCUCGCUGAGUGUGGCAAAUACGGAGCGGGCCACUUACAAAAGUACUGGGAUAACUCACAAUGAGGGCGGCUGGCCGAAGGACAUCAAUAUGCAUGAUCCCGAGCAGACGGUGCGCUACAAGCGCAAAAUCGAAAAAGACGAGAAUUACAUAACGCAAGUGAUGAAUCUGACCAAGCCGAUGGAGCACUAUAUUCAUCAGAAUAAUGCGGUCAAUAUCUAUGAGAAUUACUUUGAGAAUAUGGAUCCGGCUCCGUUGCCAGAGCCCUGCAAAUCGCGUACGGUGAAUGUAUACCGGGAUCCGAAUCCGGUUAAGGUGCCCGUCAAGCAUUUGUCGUGGUCACCGGAUGGUGGCAUCAAAAUGGCCGUCAGCCAUUGUGAUAUGAAAUUUCAGGGCGAUAAGACUGGGCAGCGUUGCAACUCGUACAUCUGGGAGGUGGAGAAUCCAAACGAGCCAUUUCUCACGCUGGAACCCAAAGUGCCAUGUGUAUGCCUCGAAUACAAUCAGAAGGAUCCGACGAGUCUGGUCAGUGGCAUGUAUAAUGGCCAAGUCGCCGCCUGGGAUACACGGCAUGGCAAGCAUCCGGUGAUGAUUAGUGAGCGGGAGGUUUGUCAUCGUGAUCCGGUCAAUUCAGUGCUGUGGAACAACUCGAAGAGCGGCACUGAAUUCUUCUCCGGUGGCUCCGACGGUCAGGUGCUCUGGUGGGAUACACGCAAGCUGAGCGAACCAUUGGAUCGUCUGCUCAUGGAUCCAGUGAAGAGUGAUGAACAGGAUUUGUCCCGUUCUUACGGCAUCUCGGUGCUGGAGUACGAGACAACGAUACCAACCAGAUUCAUGGCGGGCACAGAAAUGGGAAUGCUCUUCUCAUGCAAUCGCAAGGGCAAAACACCCACGGAGAAAAUACAAAUUCGGAUGAUGUGCCAUUUGGGACCCGUUUAUGCGAUUACCCGGAAUCCGGCUUUUGUGAAGAACUUUCUCACUGUGGGCGAUUGGUGUGCACGCAUCUGGUCCGAGGAUUGUCGCGAGAGCUCCAUCAUUUGGACCAAGAGUAGCUCUUCCAUGCUGACAGACGGCGCCUGGAGUUACACCAAGGUCUCCCAAUUCUUCAUCACUCGUAUGGAUGGUGUGCUGGACACUUGGGAUCUGCUGCAGCAACAAAAUGAGCCUGUGCUAACGGUUAAAGUCUGUGAUGAGCCAUUAUAUUGUGUGCGCACCAAUGAGAAUGGCAAAUUUGUCAGCUGUGGCAGCAAAUUGGGCGCCACUUUUCUAAUCGAGGUCUCCGAAAAUAUGAUCAUGUCCGCCAAGAAUGAUAAGCCGCUGUUAACUGCGAUGUUUGAGCGUGAGAAUCGUCGCGAGAAAAUUCUGGAGGCCAAGUCGAGGGAGAGCAAACUAAAGAUAAAGGGCAAUCACGGCCAGGAGCAGGCCGAUUUGACUAUGCUGAAUGGCAAAAUAAAUAUGGCGCCAUUUGCCAGCGCCUGCGAACAAGCAGCCGCAGAAUAUUUUGCCGCCGUGGAACAGGAACGUUUGCGACGACUGCCGGGAGGCAAGCGUAGAGGAUGUGGAGGAGGUUGAUGUCUCGGAAGCGGAAAGCUCAAAAGUUUAAUUUUGAAAUUGCU